CAGAUUCCUGCGUACGCGUCUCCGCCUCCACGUGCGCGCGCCCGCACCGCGAUUGGCGGAGGACAGCGUGACCACCACCACCAACGCCGCCGGACGCGCCCGUCCCCUGCGUAGGACAAGCAUUCUCUCUUUUGGGUGGCAUCGUGGAGGUUCGUCGCGGGAGGCUGCCUAUUUCCAAGGACCGUCCACGCGUGGUGCAAGAUAACGUUGCUGGGAGCGCCCGCAUCACAACGCUACGCGAGUGUCCACCACCGGGAGUCCCACGCACGGAUCGUCCUACCCAGCGAUGGCCAGCCCGCCUGCGGAUCGCGACGUCCGGCUGCAGUCGGUGGAGGCGAGCCGCCCGGAGCCCGCCUGCCUGGAGGCGCAGAAAUGGAUCGAAGCGGUGACAGGGAAGAGCUUUGGAGACAAGGACUUCCGCAGCGCGUUGGAGAAUGGCAUCCUGUUAUGCGAACUUCUGAGUGCAAUCAGACCAGGCCUGAUCAAAAAGAUCAACAGACUGCCCACGCCAAUCGCCGGACUGGACAACCUGUCAGUCUUCCUACGGGGCUGCGAGGAGCUAGGCCUGAAAGGUUCACAGCUUUUUGACCCGGGAGACCUUCAGGACACCUCCAUCCGAGCCAACCUCAAGGACUCAGACUGCAGCCGCAAGCUGAAAAACGUUCUGAACACGGUGUUUUGGCUGGGCAAAGCGUCCAGCGGCUGCGCCUCCUACAGCGGACCCACGCUUGACCUCAAGGAAUUUGAGGGUCUGCUGGCAAACAUGAAGGUGGACAGCGACGAGGGGGCUGACGGCUCACAGAAGCGCAGCAUUAGAGACAGCGGUUAUGACUGCUGGGACUCGGAACGCAGCGAGUCACUCUCACCGCCCAGACACACUCGAGACAACUCUCUGGACAGUCUGGACUCAUUUGGCUCGCGCUCACAGCACAGUCCCUCUCCCGAUGUGACCAACCGAGGCAACACGGAAGGAAGAGACGGCGAUCCGGAGGCGGACAGCGGCAGGAGGCCCGAUGUGCAGAAGGACGACAUGUCAACCCGGCGUGCGGCGAGUGGAGAGGCGCGGACCCCCGUUGUCUUCAACCAGUUCCUACCCAACCAAAGCAAUGCCGGCUUCUACGUCCUGAAUGCCAAGCGAAGACCUCUUGCUGAAGACGGAGAACAGCGCAGUCCCGACAAGGGCAAAAAGAGCGUGAGCUGGGCGCGAGAUCACCAGAGCGAAAAGGAAGUGUGUGAGUGGACCAGGCUACAGAGGUUGGAGAAGGCGGGCAUCAAAGUGUUGCCUGCGGCCCUUCGUUACAGAAGUCCUUCCUCCUCCUCUACCUCCCCCACCAUGGAGAGACCAGUUUCUCCCAAUAUCGUCCUUCGCCGAGAUAACGACUUCUUGACCUCACAAAAAUCGGCUUGGGACUCAUCCUCGGACGGCGAAGGUGAGGAGGGAGGCCAGAAGGUACCAGACAUUCGCAAAGAUGACCUGGCCUCCCGACGGGCUCCUCGAGGCCCCGCGGUGCCCAGGCUGCAUCACUUUGUCAUGUCGCCAUCGCUGCUCGAGUGUAGCAGCAAAGAUCAGGAACGCUGGGAAGGCAUCAGGCGAUCCGCACAUAAAACACUAAAGGACAAGGACAUCAGCGAGCUUGAGCAAAUUCUUGACAUCAUUACUCGCCAAAAAGAAGAAGAGGAAGACGAGGUGGCGUGUGAGGAAGAGUCUGAGGAUGCAGGAAGGGUUCAAGCAACACCAGACAGGCAGAUGGACGACCUAGCUCUCAGACGGGCGCAAACUAAACCGCGUCCCCUCCACCGGGAAGGACCAAUAAGCUUGACGUCGACCACCAUGAGCCAGGCCGACGUACAGAAGUGGGAAAGGCUCAGGAUGAGUGAACCCAGCGAGCCUGCCCCCGUCCCCGUUUGCCAGGCUUGUCGAGUGAAAACAGACGGCAGUGGCGGACGGGGUCGAGGCAAGUCGGUGAGGUUCGGGGGCGUGACCGAGAUGGGGAGUCCAAUAGACGCGCCCGAGUCGGGGUUGCUAGGACGACUCCUCUCCCGGGCGACGGUCGCCAUGCCGACCAUUGGCCUGGGCUCCCUGCUCUCAGAGCGGGAAGGCAGCCUCACAGAUGUAGGACAACCCAGUCAAGAUUCCUCCAACUUGUCACCUGGCUCUCCAAAGACUCUUUGCUCUCCGGUCGAGCUGGACGCUCGUCUUGCUCAGCAUGAAAGCAAUUUGAAGGAGGAGGAGGGGGAAGAAGAGGAGAGGAUACCCGAUAUUCAGAAAGAUGACAUGAUGGCAAGGCGAACGGGAGUUUUCCAUCAGCAAAGCGCAACUUCGGCAUCUUACAACCGCUUCCUGCCUUUGCCUGCCUCAAAAUACAAGGGCCAGGUUGCUGGUCCAGCCACUAAAGAAGUGAACAGGAGCAAGAAUAUCAGAGCGGAAGAAGGGAAAGUUCCCGUUGAAAGUGACCCAUGCGCUCAAAUUGAGAGAGAACAUGUUGAUGAUGAUGAUGAUGCAAAGGGGCCUCUUUCCAACCCGGCAAAGGACGACAUGAUGGCUCGCAGGGCGGGAUGGCUCCAAAAAGCCAAUGCGACCUUCAGGCAGUUUCUACCACUGCCUGGUGCGCUUAAAAACAACACCAUCCAAAGUUGUGGGAGCAAGCAGGCACCCAAGUGUGUGGGAAAGAUGACGGGUGAAAGGAAGGAGCAAGUGGGCAUGCAAAAAGAGAAGACGGCAGAUGUGACAAAUGAUGUCCCCCCAUCUAGUGGGCAGGCGGAUUUAGGAAAGGCCAGUAAGACGGAUGAUGGUGGGGACGAUGAUCUGCCGCCAAUGAUGAUGAGUCACCGAGUUGCUUUUGUGUCCGGGGACGCCGAGAGCGUGAGCAUGAGUGACAUGAUGGACCAGGACCAGGCGGGACACCUGCCACAACUCGGCCAGUCACGUUACGAGCACAUGCAUGAGCAGUACAACAACUACGAAGAUGACGACGACCAAUGGCAAAGUGAUUUGGCCCGUUGGAAGAACCGCCGCCGCUGCGCCUCACAGGAGCUGAUCAAGAAGGAAGAGGAGAGGAAAAGGAUGGAGAGGAUGAAAGGGGAUGGAGGUGACAAGAGGAAGAGCAUCAAAACCUACAAGGAGAUUGUGGAGGAAAAGGAACGGCGAGAGGCCGAGCUGUGCGAGGCGUACCGCAGCGCGGCGACACCGGAGGAGGCGGCCACGGUUCUGCAACGCUACGCUCUUCGUUUCACCAUCAGCGACGCCACGUUGGAUUUCUUAAAGCUGCCUCGCUCCACCGCAAACCCCGACCCGGCCCUAAACCAGGCCCAGCACGAACACGAAACAGUUUCUGAAGACUCCGAGCCACAAUCAACACAGCAGAACACGUGUGACGACUUACACGGGGGGCUAGAAAAAGAUCCGCUGACCUCAGAAAGCGCAACUCCUCCAUCCCAAGAAACCCGCGAACCUCCGGCCCGAGCACCUCCUAGCGAACCAGAACCAGAGACCAAAGCGGAUGCAGAACCCCAACCUAAACCUGCCAAACCGAAACCCUCUCCGCCUCACCCCACAAAGCCCGCGCUCACGCUUCCCUCGCCGCCACUGCCCACCACGACUUCCAGACCCGUCCCCCUGCUAGCGGCGAAACCCUAUUGUCAGCCACGCAGCGCAGAUGGAGUCAAGAUGGACGGCCUCGUGCGUGUGAAUGGUGACACAGACACUUCGCUGAAAGAGAAGAACAUCCUGGUCACACAAGCGGAGGAGCAGGAGGAGGAGGCCCCCUUUACACUUGAGAUGGGCGGCAGGUCGCCUCCUCCCCAGGCGGCGACGUCCUCCUCGUCUUCAGCAUCCUUCUCAUCUUCGUCCUCCUCCACCAUCAGCUCGCUGUUCAGCGGGAGGAACUGCAUCACCAAGACCACCAUCGUCACGGAACUCACUCAGACGCUGGUGGAGCCACACAGAGUGGACAUCGAUGGCCACGGCCAGGUUACGAUACCCAAACAGGUGGAUGAAAUUGCGACCGCUGAGAAACCAGCAGAGGAAAAACAGUCCCAGUCAUCAUCGUCAUCGACUUCAGUAACCAGCAUCCAAGACCAUUGUCCCAGUGUCGCCGGUGGCGAAGAGGAGAGCAGUGUGAGCAUUGAGACCCCCAUGUUGAACUUGGCUAAGCGUGUUAAUCACUGGGUCUGGGACCCCAAUGAGGAGCGUAAGCGCGUGGAAAGGUGGCAACAGGAGCAGGAGCGCCUCCUAAAGGAGCAGUACCACAAGGAGCAGGAGAAGCUGAAGAAGGAGUGGGAAAAGGCUCAACUGGAGGCCCAGGAGGAGGAACGCAAGCACAACGAAGAGGAGAGGAAGAUCUUGGAGGAGACUGUGGCGCCCCUCAAACACUGCGUGACGACCGUGUUGCCACCUGCUGCAGAGAAAAAAAACCUCAGCCAAUUUGUACCCCUGCAGCAAAAUGGCCACAAGGACGUCCGAGGGAGUGAAGAGCAGCAUGCGUCCAAGGUGCACUUUUUACAGGACACUGUCUGCGAUACCGAGCCAGCCAAGAAGUCCGAAUUGUGGAAGACGAUCUCUCUAGAUCGAAACGCUCAGCCAAACCCAUCGCAUGGUGUUAAAAGGUGCGAUUCUCACCAUGGCAUCGCCGGAACACAGCAGCCGCCAUCUUCACCCUUGCCGCUGUCGCCCAGCAGAUGCGUUAGCGGGAAGAGGCAAUGUUCCGGUUGCUCUCAGCCCCUCGGGAAAGGAGCGGCCAUGAUCAUCGAAACACUCGGACUCUUCUUCCACAUGCAGUGUUUCAAGUGUGGCCUGUGUGAGGGGGAGCUUGGAGACGCCGCCACCGGGACAGACGUGAGGAUCCGUAAUGGACUGCUGAGCUGUCACCACUGCUACUUGGCAUCAAGAGGCCGAGGACAGCCGACAACCCUAUGAUGAUUUGAAUCCCACCCCAGACAACCAACCCUCAUCUAACUUUCCUCAAAUAGAAGCCACAUCAUCUCAACACACUGCACAUCCACGAUGUGUUUGUCAGCAUGACCGGCAUGUUUAUGACAAGACACAAUACAGCAACUGGAAUAAUAAUAAUAGUUAGUUAGUUAGUUAGUUAGUUAGUUAGUUAGUUAGUUAGUUAGUUAGUUAGUUAGUUAGUUCCGCCCGUUCCUAUUUGGAACAUUGGGCGACGAGUUUCCUCCAUUUGGUCCGGUCACUGGCGACCCUUCUUGCUCCAUGCCAGCUGACACCCAUCUCACUGAGGUCUUCUUUGGCAGUCUGUCUCCACGUCUUCUUUGGCCUACCUCUCUUCCUCUUUCCACCCUCUGGCAUCCAGUCCAUGGCCACACUUGCCGGUCUCUCUCUUGGCAGUCGGAGUACGUGGCCGAUCAUUUUCCUUCUGCUUUCAGAGACAAUGUCUGACAGUUCAGCCACUCCUGCCUUCUUCAUCACCUCCUCGUUGGUGACGUGGUCUCUCCAUGAGAUCCUCAGGAUGGAUCUCAGGCAACGCCGGUGGAAGACAUCAAACUUGUUGGUUAUGUUGGCUGUUUUCAUCCAUGUCUCACAGGCGUAAAUCGCUGUUGGGAUAACCACUGACAUAUAGAGGCGUAGCUUGGAUGUCGUAGUGAUGGCUUUCGAUGACCAAAUGUUGCGGAGGCGUUGGAACACUCCCGCAGCUUUACCAAGACUACUGUUGACGUCUUUCUCCACACCACCUGUAUUUGAGAUGUUACUCCCAAGAUAUGUGAAGCUGUCAAUGUACUCUAUGUCAUGUUGGUGUAGAGUGAGUGGUUGAAGGUGUUGGUGCUGUCCGACGGCCAUGGCCUUGGUCUUUUCCUGGCUAAUUCGCAAACCGACCGUAACUCCGUGCUCAUGCAGAUUAUUGGUCAACUCCUGGAGUGUGGGCUGGGUGUGACUUAACAGGGCCAAAUCAUCUGCAAAUUCCAGGUCAGCUAGUCUGCUCCCUCCCCACUUGACAGCAACUUUUACUCCUGUGAUGGACUUCCUCAUCACAAAGUCGAUUAUAAUAAUGAAGAGUAGGGGUGACAGAAUGCAACCCUGUCUUACACCAGUGACAAUGUCAAAAUCAUCAGUUGUGCCACUGUUGGUUUUGACACAACAGGUUGAGUUGUGGUACAAUGACCUGAAGAUGUUGAUGUACUUGAGGGGUACACCAUACAGCUGGACGAUCUGCCACAGUGACUCCCGGUGGAUGCUGUCGAAGGCUUUCUUGAAAUCGAUAUAGUUGAUCAUUAGUGGUAUCUGAAGUUCUUGGCACUGCUCUAUGAUGUUUCGAAGGGUAAAGAUCUGUUCGGCGCAAGACCUUCCCUUCCUGAAACCGGCUUGCUCUUCCCUCAAGAUGUUAUCCACUUCAUCUUUAAGGCGAUGUAGCAAAACACUGCAGAAUACCUUGCUGGGAAUUGACAGGAGCGUAAUGCCCCGACAGUUAUUGCAGUCUGCGAGGCUUCCCUUCUUGGGGAGCGUGACAAUGACCCCACGUCUCCAGUCGGCAAGAACCUCUUCAGCAUGCCAAAUCAGAUUGAACAGGUGGGUAAGGCUCUCCACAACAGCAUCUUGGACAUGUUUCAACAGCUCGGCAGCUAUCUCAUCCAGUCCCGGUGCCUUGUUGUUCUUAAGGCCCUUGAUUGCUCUGGCAACCUCAGUCUCGGAUAUCUCUUUUGAUGUAAUAUUUAGAGCUGCAGCUGGUGUCUCUUGAUCGAAAUUGAAGAGCACGGGAGGCAUUGGUUGGUUGAGAACCUCCCUGAAGUGUUCCAGCCAUCUUGCUUCUUGUUCCUCGUUGCUUAGAAGUGUCCUGCCAUCCUUGCUCCUGAUUGGCACGCCAGAGCUGCUCCUGGAGUUGGUUAGCUCCCACACGAUCUUGUAUAGGGUCGUCGUGUCGUUGUUCUCUGUUGCUUCCUGUGCCUCUCUUGUUUUCUCUUCUAGCCACUGUCUUUUAUCCUUCCUGCAACUCUUCUUCACUGCCCUGUCCAAGUGUCUGUAUUCCUCGUCUUCCAUCCUCCAGGUCCGGAGCCUCCUCUUUAGUUCUCUUUUUAUCUUAGCCACUUUCCUUUCCUCAAUCAACUUCCAGGUGUCGUCUGUUAUCCAUCUCUCUUUGUUGGUACCCGUCUUUCUGCCUAUAACUGCUUCUGCAGUGUCAGCAAUGGCACAACAGAACAUACUGCACUGGUCCUCAAUGUUUGCAAUGUGUUGUGAUAUCCUUGAGCUUCCUACUCAAUUCCUCACAGAAGCUUUCGGAGAAGUUUUUAUUCUUUAGCUUGUCCACCGCGUAAGGUCUCUUGGGCUGCACCUUUUUCACCUUCUUCAGCUUCAGCUUGAUUUUACUCACCACAAGGAAGUGGUCUGAACCCACAUCCGCACCUCUGUAGGAGCGAACAUCGAGCAAGGACGAGCGGCGCCUUGUGUUGAUGCAGAUGUAGUCCAGUUCGUUCCGGGUACCGCCACCAGGUGAAACCCAGGUUACUUUGUGGAUCCACUUGUGCUCAAAAAAGGUGUUGCCAAUGCUGAGGCCGUUGGUACUGGUUAGCAUCAACAGUCUCUCCCCGUUGUCGUUCGUGGAGCUCGCAAACCCAUGCGGUCCAACUGUGGCAUUCAGGCCCCUUCUGUCAUUAUCCAGUUUUGUGUUGAAGUCUCCAAUCAGCAUUUUGAUGUCAUGUCUGGGGAUCUCCUCAAGCACGGUCUGGAGCUGGUUGUAGAAGGUGUCUUUAUCGUCCGCUGAGGCAGCUUCGGUUGGGGCAUAGACUUGUACAAUGGUUACUUUGGCAUAUCUGGUGUAGAGCCUUGCUGUAAUAAUCCGUUCAUUCACCGGCUUCCAUCCAAUCAAUGCUUUAGCUGCACUACUGGAAAGGAUGAUGCCGACUCCAUGGGAAUGGUGGUCUUGCUUCCCAGAGUACAGAAAAGUUGCUCCCUUAACCAUGAGGCGCCCUUGCCCCGUCCAACUCAUUUCACUAACGCCUAAGAUGUCCAGGCGAUAGUCCCUCAUAUUCUUCAGCACCUGGUCCAUGCGACCAGACUGGAACAUUGUGCGCACAUUCCAGGUGCCUACUCUGGUGUUGGUUUUGGUUCCAAAGAUCGGAGUCAUCAGGGAUCGGGCUUCCUGCUGGAUUUCACCCGGCCCCGUCAUAGAUACAUCCAAGGAUGUGCUGUCUCUUCUUCGCCGUGGUUUACCGGAAUGGCUUCUUCUCGUCGUUUCUGGUUUUUGUUUUUACAGGGUGAGGUUGUUAACCUCACGCCCAACCCCCAACCUGGAGGACCAGUUGGAUGCAGUUUAACGUCAUACCCAGGACGUAUAAUACGUAAUAAUAAUAAUAAUACAGUAAACCCCAUUUUAACACAUCUGCAGUAUGCACCACAAUAACAGAAAUAUGUACAAAUCUGCGAUAUAGCGAGACCAUAAAAGGUUUUACCCCUCACCUGGUUCAGCGUUAUUAAAGGGGAAUUAUCAAGAGGCAGGACGCACGCACCCUGCUGCAAUAUGUUUGGCUGCUACAUGGGGGCAUACUGUCUUAUACUGCCCCCAUGUAGCCAAGGUGGGCAGUCCAGAAGCAGUGUUCAAGAGUUGCAACGUGACAAAAAAAAAAAUAAUUCAGUUUGGAUUAUUUUAUGUAGCUGUUCUGGUUUUAUCAGGUACAGUUGGACGGAUCGCCAUUUUGCCUCAUAAAAAUGUGGCAAAUUUUUGGCCGUGGGUGGAGCUGUAAUGGACUACAUUCUGUUAAAAUUUGCGAUAAAGCUAUAUAACAGGGGUUCACUGUACUUCAACUGGAAUCAAGAUUCAGGAGACACUACAAGACUAUAACACAACUUUUUUUUUUACAUAGGUAGCGUGACCGUUUGAAUGCCUUACCUUCUCCUCCCUCUUUGUUUUUUCCACUUUUGCAUGAACAUUGGUUAUUGCAAGUAUGAGUUUGACAUGCAGUUCUCCGACAUUUAAGUUUGUUGUAUGUCUUUGUCCACUUGCAUGUUGGCUUGGAACUCUUUCCCCUUGAACCGUAUCAACCAGUGCCUUAAUUCAGAGUGUGUGUACUGUUACCGUACACAUGGACCUGGAAAUGUAUGUGUGUGUAUUGUGACAUGAAGUGAAAUUCCAUACUAGCAAGUAAAACCAGUGGAUCAUCACCUUGCACAUCCUUUUCACUGUUAUAGUGAUCAAACCAAUGACACGUACGUAAUACCUGCUGCUUCCCUAUACCAUUUUUAUCGUUAUUUCAUAACAUCUUGACAUUCAGGCUGCAACGCAGGUGUUGCCGUUACUUCUCAUUUCUUCUGGUCGAAGGAAAUUCUGCUCCCCGUCUUUUAUAGCCACUGUAUGUUUGUCAAUAAAACUCUAAAAUGGCUGGCAAUGUUUUUUUUAACUCUUACGUUUUGUGUGCGGCUGUGGUUGUUUUUUAAAUGACAUAAUUGCUCUCUCAAUAAAUAUU